AUGUCCAAGGUAGCCAAGUAUCGCCGGCAGGUGAGUGAAGACCCUGACAUCGACAGCCUGCUGUCCACCCUGUCUCCCGAGGAGAUGGAGGAGCUAGAGAAGGAGCUGGAUGUGGUGGAUCCGGACGGGAGCAUUCCCGUGGGCCUGCGGCAGAGAAACCAAACGGAGAAGCAGCCCGUGGGCACGUACAACCGGGAAGCCAUGCUCAACUUCUGUGAAAAGGAGACCAAGAAACUUAUUCAGAGGGAGAUGUCCGUGGAUGAAAGCAAGCAAGUGGAGACCAAGACAGAUGCCAAGAACGGAGAGGAAAGGGGCAGAGAUGCCAGCAAAAAACCCCUGGGCCCCAGACGGGACUCAGACCUGGGGAAGGAGCCAAAGAGGGGUGGUUUAAAGAAAAGCUUCUCAAGAGACAAAGAUGAAGCUGAUGGCAAAAGUGGAGCGAAGCCCAAGGAGGAGAAGCUCAUCAGGGGCAUUGACAAGGGCCGGGUCCGGGCUGCCGUGGACAAGAAGGAGGCAGGGACGGACGGGAAAGGAGAGGAGAAGGCAGCAGCCCCACGGAAGGAGGACGAGAAGACAGGCAGUGACAGGAGCGCAGGGCCGAGCAGAGACAAGGACAAGAAGAGAGAGUUGAAGGAGAUAAACAACAGAGAGGAUGACGGGAAGGGAAAAGGGGAGAGUAGGAACGCAGACACCAAGAAAGGGGGUGAGCGGACGAAAAGAGGAAGUGGGAACACAGACACAAAAAGGGAGGAAGAGCAAGUGAAAAAAGAUGAGUCCGUAAGUGAAAAGGAGCCCAACGAAGAGAACAAGACCCAAGCGCGGGAGAAACCAGCCCCGGCUUGCCCCACCAAGCCCUCUGAGGGGCCUGCCAAGGCGGAGGAGGAAGCGGCUCCCAGCAUAUUUGAUGAGCCCCUGGAGAGAGUGAAGAACAAUGACCCAGAGAUGACCGAGGUGAAUGUCAACAACUCAGACUGUAUCACAAAUGAGAUCCUGGUCCGGUUCACCGAGGCUCUGGAGUUCAACACGGUGGUCAAGGUGUUUGCCCUGGCCAACACACGCGCGGAUGACCACGUGGCCUUCGCCAUCGCCAUCAUGCUCAAGGCCAACAAGACCAUCACCAGCCUGAACCUGGACUCUAACCACAUCACGGGCAAAGGCAUCCUGGCCAUCUUCCGGGCCCUCCUCCAGAACAACACGCUGACGGAACUCCGCUUCCACAACCAGCGGCACAUCUGCGGCGGCAAGACCGAGAUGGAGAUCGCCAAGCUGCUCAAGGAGAACACUACCCUGCUGAAGCUGGGCUACCAUUUCGAGCUGGCUGGGCCCCGGAUGACGGUCACCAACCUGCUCAGCCGCAACAUGGACAAACAGCGACAAAAGCGGCUCCAGGAGCAACGGCAGGCCCAGGAGGCUGGCGGCGAGAAGAAGGAUCUGCUGGAGGUGCCCAAGUUCGGGGCCCUGGCCAAAGGCUCCCCAAAACCCUCCCCCCAGCCAUCUCCAAAGGCCUCGCCCAAGAACUCGCCCAAGAAAGGGGGCGCUCCAGCUGCUCCGCCCCCACCCCCGCCUCCCUUGGCCCCGCCCCUAAUCAUGGAGAACCUGAAGAACUCAUUGUCACCAGCCACCCAGAGGAAGAUGGGAGACAAAGUCCUCCCCGUCCAGGAGAAGAACUCCCGUGACCAGCUACUGGCCGCCAUUCGCUCCAGCAACCUCAAGCAGCUCAAGAAGUUAAGUAGUCGCGGGCCUGGGCCAGCAGGGCUGGAGGAGAGGGGAGCCUGCCUGGGGAACGGGGGCAGAGCGGGCCAUGUCAGGCUGCAGGCCGUGGACAGACUGCAGCGCCCGUGUGGCACCUCCGGCCAUCGCAGCCAUCCCCCUGCCUCUGGGCAGGCCGCACCGGCAACAGAGGCCAUGGUCAUCGGCCCGUCGGACUGGAUGGCAGCAGCGAACCCUAGCCCCACAACAUCAUCUGGGGCUAGACACCGCGACAUAAAGGACAACCUCAGUUGUCGAGAACCUGAUGCAGGAGCGCAGCGCCACCUGCGGGCCGUCCGCGUCCCGGGUUCUCCCGCCGUGCCAGGGGCGCGGCGGAGCUGCGCUGGGGGCCAGGGAAGCUGUGGCAAAAUCCACCUCACUGGCUUUGGGAACCAGCUCAAGGGGCCCUCAGCCUGA